GGAGCAGCAGGCACCGGGCCCCCAGGCGGAGCAGCAGGCACCGGACCCCCAGGCGGGGCGACAGGCAUCGGGCCCCCAGGCGGAGCGGCGGGCGCCGGGCCCCCAGGAGGGGCGACAGGCAUCGGGCCCCCAGGCGGGGGUGACAGGCAUCGGGCCCCCAGGCGGAGCGGCGGGCGCCGGACCCCCAGGUGGAGUGACAGGUCUCGGGCCCCCAGGCGGAGCGGCGGGGCGCGCGGACCCCUAGGCGGAGCGGCGGGCGCCGGACCCCCAGGCGGAGCGACAGGUCUCGGGCCCCCAGGCGGAGCGGCGGGCGCCGGACCCCCAGGCGGAGCGACAGGUCUCGGGGCCCCCAGG